AUGCCACCUUUAGUUCCAUUUGGCUCUCAAUUCAGAAAGAAAUAUUUCAAUGGGUUCCACAAAGAUGUUCACAACUUGAACCAUGGUGCUUAUGGAGCCACAACUCCUGAUAUCUUGAAGAAGAAGUUUGAAUAUUCACAGAAGAUUCUAGAGUUCCCAGAUGAAUUCUUCAGAUAUGACAUCUAUGACGCCAAUGCCCAGUGUCGUAAGCUCGUUGCUGAAUUAGUGAAUGCUGAUGAUCACGACUUGGUUUUGGUGCCAAAUGCUACAACUGCUGUGAACUCUGUUUUGAGAUCUUAUCCAUUCAAGAAGGGAGAUAUCAUUAUUUGUUUUGCAACAAUCUAUGGUUCUUGUUACAACACUUUAAAGUUCUUGAAAAAAUCAAUAGGUGUUGAAGUCAUAAAGAUUGACUAUGAAUAUCCAAUUUCAAACAAGGAAAUCAUUGAUAAGUUCAAGAAAGUUGUGCAGUCUUGUGAUCACGUUCCGAAAAUGGCUUUCUUUGAUGGUAUUUCAUCCACACCAAGUGCUCUUUUCCCUUGGAAGGAUAUGGUAAAACUGUGUAAAGAAUAUGGGAUUUUGUCAUUUGUUGAUGCUGCUCAUUAUGUUGGUCUUUUACCAUUAGAUUUCUCGGUUGAUAAGCCUGAUUUCUUCACAAGUAAUUUACACAAAUGGCUAUACGUCCCAAACUCUUGUGGUUUUCUUUAUGUUGAUCCAAAACACCACAAAAGUGUUCAUUCCUUGCCAAUCAGUGCUGUUUAUAUUGAAGAUGGUGAUGAGGUUGUCAAUACUGCAAAUUUGGUGUCUAGUCAAUUUGGACAAAAAGUUCGUGAUACUACGUUGAUUGAUCAAUUUUCAUACACAAGUACUCUUGAUUAUACUUCCAUGUUAACAAUUCCUGAUGCCAUUAAGUUUCGUCAAGAAGUUUGUGGUGGUGAAGAGUAUAUCAUGGCGUAUAACCUGAAACUCGCCAAAGAUGCUUCUUCAUAUAUCUUAUCCAACUGGGAAGGUACAACUUUGAUGUCUGGUAAGGAAGAUGAUAUUGUCACCACGAUGUUCAAUAUCCAGCUUCCAGAGUAUAGUGCUGCCAAUGGAUAUGCCAAAGACAAAUUGAUUGAAAUUGCCCUUUUCCUCAAUGAUUACCUGACAAAGCAAAAAAGAACAUUUGUUCCAGUGUUUAUCUACAAAGAUGCCAUUUGGACAAGAUGGAGUGCUCAGAUCUAUCUGGAAUUGGAUGAUUAUAAGUGGGGAUUAGAUGCUUUGAAAGAAGCAGUUACCAAAUACAAAGAAAGCCAAAAUAAAUAG